GGCGGCUGCAACGCGCCUGCGCGCCUCUGGGAGGCGCAAGCCAAGAAGCCGCGGGCAGGCGGCGGACUCCCCCUGCAGGCCGGACAGGAAAAGUUCAACAUGUUUCAAAUUCCUGUUCAAAACCUUGAUAAUAUAAGGAAGGCCCGGAAGAAAGUGAAAGGCAUUCUUGUUGAUAUUGGGCUUGAUAGCUGUCAGGAAUUACUACAGACUCUGAAAAACUUUGACCCGGGAGAAAAAUAUUUCUGCAACACUUCAUGGAGUGAUGUCUCUCUUUGGGAAUCUGUGGCUAAACGAAGAAGAUAUAGAACUAACCCAUACUGCUGUAGCCUGUGCAAGUUUUCGUCAAAAUUUCUUACUUCUUUCAAAAACCACCUGAACCGUUACCAUGAAGAUGAAAUUGACCAAGAAUUAGUUGUCCCCUGUCCUGAAUGCGCAUUUGCUUCUCACGCCAAAACAGUGGGGAAACAUCUUCGGAUGUUUCACUCGAAGAAAAAAAUACAAAACUAUAACGUGAGUGGAGGCAUGAGGCAGUUCCGCAGCGAUGCAGUGAACUUCAUCUGUCAGAAAUGUCAGUUUACAGACACGUUGUAUUACAAUACAAAGAAACACGUGCUGGUAACCCACUUCCCAAAUCUCAUCAACACCUAUUUUGAGGACAGGAUCGAUGAGACCGAGGAGAAUUUUACGGAUCACUACUGUAAGAAAUGCAAUGCUUUUGCUAACAGCCGGGAUUCUUUAGUUUAUCAUGUCUUGACAUCCGAAGUGCACAAAGACUUGGAGAAUAUAUUGAGGCCUGUCAUUUCAGUACAGCCUAAGAAACCAGGACAAGCAAAGCCGCUGCCUAUUGUCAGUAUAGCUCCCAAGCCUUGCACAGUUGGAACUAAUCCACCCUUAGUAUCUACCACUGCCUCAGUGGGCCCAGCUCCUACCACGUCAUGCAUUCAGCUUUCACUUCCGCCAGCCAAUCAGAAUCAAGCGCUGGCACCAACAAAAACAGGUCAAAAUACAGGUGGACCAUUGAGCGUUUCAAGUGCCUCCAGCAGCAUUCAGUGUACAUCCUCUCCAACUUCAGUGGCUCAGUCACAUGUUACACUUAUGUCUGCUCCUGGCCCAGGAGGUCAGAAUAAUGUUUCUCUUCAGCCUGCAGCUUCCCAGCCGGUCUUUGUUUCCCCUCGGCUUCCCGUAAAGCAGCCUGUGAGACCUGGGGUUUUUUGCCUGAACCAGCCUGCUGGCACCGUAAGUCAGGGUGUUCCUCCAGGAGUCAUUUCGUUCAAUCGGCCCAUCAGGCCUACUCUGCUUCCUGUUAAUCAGACGGUUAGGACUAUCAGCAGUCCAGUUAUGCCUGGGGCUCUCCCCGUGACCCAGCCAGCUGGGUCUCUAAAUAGACCCCUUGGGGCUAGUGCUGUUCCAAUAAACAGUCCUUGCAUGCCUGGGGUCCUGGCUGCAAAUAGACCUGUUGGCACUCUGAAUCAACCCAACAGUCCUGGGAUUCUUCCAGUGACCCAGACGAUCACAUCAGGGGUUCUUCAGUUCAACCAUCCUGUUGCACCAGGGGUUCUUCCUGUAAACCAGUCAGUCGGACCGGGGAUUCUUCAGUUUAAUCAGCCUGUUGUACCAGGAGUCCUGCCUGUCAAUCAGUCUGUCCGCCCUGGAGUUUCUCAAAACGCUACUUUACUCACUGCUGGACCUGUACUCAGACAGUUAAUUCCUACUGGGAAGCAAGUUAACGGGAUCCCUACAUACACCCUUGCACCGGUUUCAGUUGCUUUGCCUGUGCCACCUGGUAGUGGGGUGACGACAGUUGCACCACCUCAAGUGCCCGUUCAGCUGAUGCAAUCUGGCGCGGUUAAUCAGCUGCCUCAGCCUCCAGCUACUGUGCCUUCUCCUGUUAUCGUAACUUCUUCUACAAAUACCCCUGCCAAGAAGACAUCUGCUUCUCGAAUGAGUCUAGCUCUUAAACAGGCAAAGCAGUGGAAGACCUGCCCCGUUUGCAGUGAGCUUUUCCCAUCAAAUGUCUAUCAGGUGCACAUGCAAGUAGCUCACAGGUUCAAUCUGCUUCAGAAAAAGGUAACUCCGGGAUCUGACAAAGUGGCUGCCUGUGCUCCUUUUCUACGGUGGCUGAAAGAUAAAACAGUGAGAUGUUUUUCUUGCAGAUGUUUCCUUUCUGAGACAGAGCUCAUAAAACAUUCGUUCACACAUGGGUUAGCGUGCCUGUUUUGCACCAGUACUUUCCAUGACUUAAAAUGCCUUGUAGAUCACACCAGAAAUGUACAUAAAGGGAAGAAGAAGCUGCAUGCUGAUUACGAUGACAAAGGAUUUCAGCUGGAGAGUGAUUCUGAAGGUGACCUCAUGUUUCCUCACUUUGACUACAAUAUCCCAUCAUCAAAAGAAGACCUUGGCGAAAGAGAAGUGCACCUAGCGGUACUUGCUGGGGUAAAUUCAAGGACACUGAUUCCUCUGUACAUAAGACUGCAGCUUGAGACUGCUGAAACAAAUAAGAGUAAUAAGAAAGUCUCAACUUGCCCUUUUUGUUAUGGAACUUUUACUGGCACCGGAGCCUAUGAGAUCCAUUUGAAGGAGAGGCACCACAUCAUGCCAACUGUGCAUACUAUUCUGAAGACUCCGGCUUUCAAGUGCAUCCACUGCUGUGGAGUGUACACUGGCAACAUGACUCUUACAGCUAUUGCUGUGCACUUGCUUCGCUGUCGGAGUGCUCCCAAAGACAGCAAUUCGACUGUGAAAAUGGAGCUGGAAAACAAUGAGAAGAAAGAUCUGCCACUUGUGAACGGUGAAAAGCAUGAUGCUGUGACUCUUCCAACUAAGAGGAAACAGUCUGAUCAUCUUUAUGCUGUUACAGAGGAGGAGGACGAUGACGAGGAGCCGUCCCUGAUUAUCAAUAGUGGUACAGCCCAAGUUCCAUUAAAGGAGAUGAAUUUUAUGCCUUCCAAACGACAAAAGACUGAUAAUAAGACUGAAACAAAGGGCCAGCCUUCGGUGGAUGAUCUUCAGGUUUUAGCAUUAAAUCCAAAGCCAUUCCAGCAUAGCUCCAAUGAUGUUCAAAAACGUUUUCUUGCAGAUUACUUUCAUAAGAGGCCGUAUCCCACUAAAAAGGAGCUAGAACUAUUAUCUUCUGGUCUGGGUGCAUGGAAAGUUGAUGUUGCAUCCUUUUUUGGGAGAAAGAGACAUACAUGUCUAAAGUCAAUAAAAACUCUCAAGCCAUCUGUGCUUUUGGGCUUCAGUAUGUCUGAACUUAAAAUCGUAAAGCACAGAUUGAGCUUAAAAGGUGAAACAGAAGAUCUGUAAUUUAAAAAAACAAGGCAGUCAAGAUUGCAUAC